AUUUUCAGGAUAGUAAGUUUACAUUUGCUUAUAGAAUGACUCGUCAUGGUAAAAAUGCUACAGCAUCGGCGGUAUAUUCAUAUUCGGAAAGACGGAAAGAUGCUAAAGAAUCUGGUUAUGGUACUUUGCAUCAAAGAUUAGGUGCUGAUUCAGUUAAAGAAUUCGAUUGUUGCUCGAUCACUUUACAACCUUGCCGGGAUCCGGUAAUAUCACCGUAUGGUUACGUAUUUGAUAGGGAAGCUGUGCUGGAAUAUUAUUUGGAGCAGAAGAAAGAAAAUGCACGAAAAUUGAAGGAAUGGGAGAAACAAUGUAGAAAAGAAGAGGAGGAAGCGGAACGAGAAAAACAUCUGGAUGAAGAGCUGAAAUUGAAGAAAUUCAAAGAAGUUGAAGGAACACCAGCACAUCCAGGAGUGAAGCGAGAUGUGGACAUCGAUUGGCCUACCACUUCUGCUGGUGCUACCCCUUCUGGAUCUAGGAUCAACAAGCGCAAAAUACUUGGGAAUGGUCGAUCGGAUGGUAAACGAUUGAGAGGAGAUGAGAUUUCAAAUGUAGCAGGCGAGAAGGCAAAAGAAUACCCAAGUUUUUGGAUUCCGCAGUUAAAUCCGACUGUUGAAGUCAAAAUUGAAAAACCGGAACAACGUGUUUUUUGUCCACUCUCCGGCAAACCUUUAAAAAUCAAGGAAUUGAUGCCGGUAAAAUUUACCGUAAUGCCUGAUGAUAAUGGUAAUAGGAGUUUAGUGGCUCGGAAGGUACGAUAUAUGUGCCCUAUAACACAUGAUGCACUCACUAAUACAACUCGAUGUGCAUAUUUGAAAACAAGUCAAAGUGUUGUUACAAUGGACUGUGUUGAGAAAAUAAUUCGGAAAGAUAUGAUAGAUCCACUCAAUGGAAAGCCAGUGAAGGAUGGCGAUAUAAUCGAGCUGCAGAGAGGUGGUACAGGAUUUGCCUCGACCAAUGAAGUGGAGGCCAAGUUGGUACGCCCUCAACUGGAGUUGCAGUGAUACUGAAUUUUUGUUGAUCUUGUUAAGUGGUAAUGUGCUGAAAUACUUAAUGUCUUAAAAUCGUGAUCGUAUGAAAUUCAUAUGUUUUCCAUUUUCGAUUGAUGAGUUUUAAUUUUGUUCGUUCUGAUUUCGUAUGGGGGUAAAUUUUUGGAAAGAUGGGAAGGAAUUG